AUGGAGUGGAAUCUCAUGCUGUUACUCUACGCGGCCCUCCAGAUCAUCGCGUUUUUAUUGGUGCUGGUGGCGACGCCGCUCGAGAUGUUUCGCAUCACUGACAAUCUAAGCGUCGUUAACGGAUAUUAUUCGUUGUGGGGAUCACACCAGAGUGUCGGUAAUUUAUCAUUCUUCAGUUCCAGCGCUACUUUGUGGGCUGACUGCCCCGGCCGCCUGAUGCUUUUCCGCCUUGCUCAGGCACUCGCUGUCCUCUCUAUCUUCAUUUUCGGCGCUGCGGGCGCCCUUGGCGUCGUCAUGCUGUUCUGCUGCCCUCUCUUACGCUGGAUAUGCGUGAUGCUCAACAUUCUGGGUGCCGUCACCGUGUGCGUUGUCUGGGCUGCCAUGGUGUUGACCUAUUUCACUAAUGAAGGCAGGACAUGUCCAGCCCUCAUGACACUUACAAAGUUUAGUGUCGGCUUCGCACUCCUCGUGGCUGCCUGGGUGCUGGAUCUGAUCAACAUCACAUUCUUAGUAGUUCCGUUCCGCAUUAUGCUUUUCGGUAAGGCUGAGAGUGGCGCCGACUUGGACAAAGCAUCGAAAGGAGAGUCGGAAGAACAUAGCAGCCAAAGGGAGGAGGAGGAGUAG